AUGGGGAACAAACAGACCAUCUUUACAGCGCAACAAUUAGAUGCUUAUCAGGACUGUACAUUUUUCACCAGGAAAGAAAUCAUAAGACUCUUCCACCGUUAUCGAGACUUGGCACCACAGUUAAUCCCCCUUGACUACACCAACAAGCCAGAUGUUAAAGUACCAUACGAGCUGAUUGGCAGCAUGCCGGAACUAAAGGAGAACCCUUUCCGCCAGCGGAUAGCUGAGGUUUUCUCAGAGGAUGGAGAGGGGAACAUGACUUUGGAUGACUUCUUGGACAUGUUCUCUGCGUUGAGUGAAAUGGCACCCAAAGAUCUGAAAGCCUAUUAUGCCUUUAAAAUUUAUGACUUCAAUAAUGACGACUACAUCUGUAAGGCAGACCUGGAGAAAACACUGAACAAGCUGACACGCAAUGAGCUGUCAGCUGACGAAUCCCGCAUGGUGUGUGAGAAGGUGAUUGACGAGGCUGACCUGGACAACGACGGGCGUCUCUCACUGGAGGACUUCCAGCACAUGAUUGUCCGUGCCCCAGACUUCCUCAGUACCUUCCAUAUAAGAAUAUAA